UUUCUAUGCUUCGUCACCGCAGAGAAGUCAGUUAGUUAACGUCAUCAUUAAAACAGACUUCAGAAAUCACAACACCAAUAGUCGCCACGUGUAUCCUAAUCGACGCGAUGGUUUCCGAAUGGUUGCUGUUCGUCCUCGCAGCGUUUUUCGUUUACUGGCUCUGGAGCGGCAGCAAGCCGCGCUACCACAACCUGCCACCCGGUCCCAAGGGCUGGCCGCUCAUUGGAACGCUUCCCAAGUCCGGCCAGUCUUUUGAUGAAUUCUUCUCGGAGCUCCAACGUCAAUAUGGUGACAUUUUUAUGUUGCGCGCGGGUUCCGUCGAGAUGUUGGGGCUCACGUCCUACGCCCUCAUGAAGGAGGCGUACGCCCUCCCGACACUGCAGGGGAGAAGCCAAUCCUACACCACACAAAUGUUCACUAUGUUCACCAACGCGGGGCUUGUGUUCUCUACGGGCAAGACGUGGGUGAACGGCCGCCGCUUCGCCCUGAAGCACCUCAAGGACCUCGGCAUGGGCAGGUCCUCCAUGCAGACGAUCAUCCAAGAGGAGGCCGAGGUGCUCAUCCAAGACUUCGCUAAGAGCUUGGGCAAGCCAAUGCAAGUCGCUUACAACGUUAAUGUCGCCAUCCUCAACGUCAUCUGGCGACUAGUGGCGGACGAAAGGUUCGAUGUCACCAACGAGGAGAUGCAAGCGCUGACCCGCAGAAUAGAAGACAACCUCACGCUAAUCUUGGGCCCGAUGUCGUUGCUGGACUGGUUUCCGUGGCUGAAUUAUCUGCCUGGAUUUGUGAAGGAUACAUUUUUCGAGACAAAACUCGGUAGAGAAAACAUGGAGGCUCUGACAACCUAUCUUAAGAAAGUGAUUGCCAAGCACCAAGCGACGUUAGACAAAGAUAACAUCAGAGAUUACAUCGACCGCUAUCUCGUCGAGAUGGAAAACCAGAAGAAUGAUCCCGACUCAACCUUCAGAGCGGACUUGAUAGAUCUGACUAUUUCAAUUCUGGACUUGUUCGCUGCGGGAUCCGAGACAACUUCCUCUACCAUCCGCUGGUUUAUCCUCUACAUGGCGGUAUAUCCUGAAGUGCAGCGCAAGGUGCAGGAGCACAUUGACCAAGUCGUUCCCGAAGAUCGACUCCCAACCCUGCAAGACGAACUGCCGUACCUUGAAGCAGUCAUUGCGGAAGUGAACCGCUGCAUUUCGUUGGCUCCCAUCAUAGUGCCUCACGUUGCUACUGAGACCACCCAGCUGGCCGGCUAUACUAUACCUAAGGGCACGAUGAUCAUGGGCAGCAUCAAAGCUUCGCACAUGGACCCUAAUCUCUUCGAGGAACCUGAGGUCUUCCGCCCUGAACGCUUCUUGGACAGCGAAGGCAAAUUCUUCUCCCGUGAAGGAUACAUGCCGUUUGGAAUAGGGCGUCGGCAGUGCCUCGGAGAAUCUCUAGCUCGCAUGGAGCUCUUCGUAGUCGCUUCUUCUGUACUGAAGACCUUCACGAUCUCGGCCCCUGAAGGAGUUACCCUCAACACUAAACACGAAGAACCUAACCGCAAACUGGCGGUGCUCAACUUCGCCAAGCCCUACGAGGUUGUUAUGAACAAACGCGUUUGAAUUCAUGAUCACUCAAAAGACAUCGUUUAUGUUUGAAAAAUUCAGCCAAAAUCAUAGAAAUACAUGACUCAUAAUACAUAAUUUCUUUAAAGAUUGAUAGACUUUCAACUUUAUUCUCUCUCUCUCUCUCUAUGAGUGGAGUUUGGAAAAAUAAUAGUCUUCAAAUAGACUCGGCUCUACCACACCCUGAUGACAGGAUGGUAGAGGUUCAGGUUCCCCUCAGGAGAUCCAAGUUUACUGCUCGAAAAGUACAUUCCACUAUAAGAACUUUCUGAAUAAUUACAUUGGAAUUUAUCCAAUUAUUUGGACCAUUAUUUUAAAUGUAGGAACCAAAUUAUAUAUGUUGUACGGCCUACUGUAUUAAAAAAUAUCAAUAUUUUUCUCGUUAUCCGAUAUAUGCAUUGUCUUAUUCAAGAUGCAUUAUAUAAAUAAAAUAUAAUCAAGAAUACUUUUCAUUUCGGGUCUUAUAAUCGUUAGCGUUACAUCCAACGCUAACAGACCAUGUCUAUAAGGCACCUCAUGACACAGAUUUAUAAACCAUUAAUUUAGACCAUUUUAGCCCAGGUCAUUGCUUUUGUGCACUCACGCAAUACAGAAAACAAGAUAAGGAGCAUUCACGAAGAGUACUGACGAUUCUUCUGAUUACUAAAAAAGCGAUUCCAGGUAAAAAAAACUGGCCCGUACGACAAUCAAGUUCGAAUAUGCAGUUAAUCAGCGUUAGUUCAGACUCCUGCGCAUUAUUGUCUUUGCUCAGCCAUAUUAAGACAUAACUUAGGUUCAUCAAGUAACUUCCGGAAAAAACAUUCUGUACUUGAUAAUUUUUCUUUACAUAACUAUCCGCAAAUGCAACACUGAUGUAAUAAAAAUUCCCCAAUUUGU